AUGUCACCCACCUCCAGGGUCACGUCACCCACCUCCAGGGUCACGUCACAUCACCCACCUCCAGGGUCACGUCACCCACCUCCAGGGUCACGUCACGUCACCCACCUCCAGGGUCACGUCACAUCACCCACCUCCAGGGUCACGUCACCCACCUCCAGGGUCACGUCACAUCACCCACCUCCAGGGUCACAUCACCCACCUCCAGGGUCACAUCACCCACCUCCAGGGUCACAUCACCCACCAACAGGGUCACGUCACCCACCUCCAGGGUCACAUCACCCACCUCCAGGGUCACAUCACCCACCUCCAGGGUCACAUCACCCACCAACAGGGUCACGUCACCCACCUCCAGGGUCACAUCACCCACCUCCAGGGUCACAUCACCCACCAACAGGGUCACAUCACCCACCUCCAGGGUCACAUCACCCACCUCCAGGGUCACAUCACCCACCUCCAGGGUCACAUCACCCACCAACAGGGUCACAUCACCCACCUCCAGGGUCACAUCACCCACCUCCAGGGUCACAUCACCCACCUCCAGGGUCACAUCACCCACCUCCAGGGUCACAUCACCCACCUCCAGGGUCACAUCACCCACCUCCAGGGUCACAUCACCCACCUCCAGGGGUCACGUCACAUCACCCACCUCCAGGGUCACAUCACCCACCUCCAGGGGUCACGUCACAUCACCCACCUCCAGGGCCACAUCACCCACCUCCAGGGGUCACGUCACAUCACCGACUCCCGACGUCAAGUUGA